AUGUAUCAUGCUUGCUGUUGUUUUUUUAUAUCAACAAGAGAUAAUGCAGCCGACCCACAGGACGUUCGCCUCUGUCCCCACGAUCUGUCUUCUAAAGACGAGCCUCCCACGCAGCCCAACCUGCGCACUUUCCCCUCUUCCAGUAUAGGGGGAAAGGACAGGAGGUUUUCUGCACACUGGAGAAAACUGGACAAAUCUGGAUCUCAAACCAGACCUGGUCCCAGCUGCGAGUCUCUGAAGAGUGACAGCUCUAAAGGCUGGCUCGUAGAGUUUAAGAACACUCCACCUGAGAACAUGGGAGCGGAGAGCAGCACGGAUCAACUCGGUAUAGACCCGCUGCUCCCAGUCUUCACGCGGCUGCAGGAGCAGGUCCUGGACUUUGCCAAAGAGCAGCUGCAGAGCUUCCACCGGGCCCUGAACUCAGAUUACCCAGAAUGCUCAGAGAGAGUGGCGGAGGAGCAGCUCAUCAGAGAGGCCCUCCUGACCAUCGCACUGCACUUCCUGGAGAGGAUGGGGGAGGGGCGAGUGGCCGAGCUGCUCAGCCAGAGUGCGGCUGGAGUUUGCAGAGAUCAACUGCAGCAGCGUCUGCAGCACAAGCUCAACCUUGUGUCUGAGGGCGUGGCUAAAGCCGGAAGCCUCGCCCCUCUGAAGCAGGUCUACACUGAGCUGUACAUCACAGAGGGAGGGGCCGCGGGGGUCAACCAGGAGCAUGAAGGUCUGCUGCCUGUAAUGAAAGCCUCCAGAAAAGUCACUCUGUCCAGCUGUUUCCUGGGAUACUUUGAUCUGACCCCAGUCGUCAGCUCCUCUGCUCUGAAACAUCUGGACCUCAGUCACUGCGACCUCACAGACUCUGAUGUGAAGGAGCUGUGUUCUGGACUGAAGAGCGCCACCUGCAGACUGGAGGUCCUCAGUCUGUCCUUCUGUCUGUCUCAUCUCUGCUGUGAGUCUCUGGCCUCGGUCCUCGGCUCCUCUGCUCUGAAACACCUGGACCUCAGUAACAAUGACCUCACAGACUCAGGAGUGGAGCAGCUGUGUUCUGGACUGAAGAGCGCCACCUGCAGACUGGAGGUCCUCAGGUGA